AAGGUUGUCUUUGAUUGUGGUGCAACUUUUCGUGGCACAUCUUUAAAUUCUGAACUCUUGCAAGGUCCAGAUCUGACAAACUCUCUUUUUGGUGUUCUUACGAGAUUCCGACAAGAGCCUGUUGCAGUGAUGACAGAUAUUCAGACAAUGUUUCAUCAGGUCAGAGUGUCAAAAUCUGAUGUUGACUUCUUAAGAUUUCUGUGGUGGCCUAGUAAUGAUGUCAGUAAGCCUCCAGUUGAGCACCGCAUGUUGGUGCACCUUUUUGGAGCGGUAUCGUCUCCAAGUUGUGCAAACUUUGCAUUAAGGCAGACAGCUAGAGACAACAAGAGCAUGUUUCAUCCCAAGGUAAUAAGCACUAUUGAGAACAAUUUUUAUGUUGAUGAUUGCUUGAAGUCCCUCCCAUCUGAACAGGAAGCAGUGGAGCUGGUCAAAGAGCUUACAUCUCUCUGUCAAAAAGGAGGAUUCCGUCUGACCAAAUGGAUGAGCAACAGCCGAACUGUACUUGCGCAUAUUCCAAAGGAGGACAGAGCCCAUGAGGUCAGGGAACUGGACCUAGACAGAGACAAACUGUCAAUAGAAAGAGCACUUGGAUUAUUAUGGAGUGUUGAGGAUGACAUGUUUAAGUUCAACAUCAUUGUGAAAGAUAAACCUCACACUCGAAGAAACAUGCUGUCCAUAGUGAGCUCAAUCUAUGACCCACUUGGUUUCUUGUGCCCUCUCACUCUACCUGUAAAGUUGCUUCUUCAGGAGCUCUGCAGGAGCAAACAUGACUGGGACAGCAGAAUACCUCAAGCUGCAUCUGACAAAUGGAGAAGAUGGAUCGAUCAUCUUGAUGUGUUGGAGAACUUCCAAGUGGCUCCUUGCGUGAAACCAUCUGGAUUUAGACCACUCAGACAAACUGAGCUACAUCACUUUUCCGAUGCCAGCGAUCAUGGGUACGGCACAGUAAGUUACCUCAGAUUGACUGCAGACAAUCAUAUGGUACAUGUAUCCUUCAUGCUUGGUAAAGCAAGAGUGGCUCCUCUAAAACAGAUGACCAUACCUCACAUGGAACUGGCAGCAGCAGUGCUGGUUGUUAAAGUUGACAAGAUGCUGAGAAAGGAGGUGGAGUUAAAGCUCAGUCAGUCAACCUUUUGGACCGACAGUCAAUCUGUUUUGAAGUACAUAGCAAAUGAGCAAACAAGAUUUCACACUUUUGUGGCCAACAGAAUCUCUCUCAUAAGGGACAACACAGAUGUAUCACAAUGGAGGUACAUCAGAACCAAACUGAAUCCAGCGGACAUGGCAUCAAGAGGUGUGAGUGCAAGCACAUUGGUCAAGUGCAAGGAAUGGAUCCAGGGACCAGAGUUUCUGUGGAGGACAGAAGAGGAAUAGCCUCAAAUCCCCAUGGAGUCCCUCUCACUCUCUCAGGAUGAUCCAGAGGUGAAAAGGAGCACCACAAAGACAAAUAAAAUGAAAACCCAACAAACAAGCUACUGGAACACUUUUCUAGUUGGCACAAAUUAAAGAGAGCAGUGGCAUGGUAUUUAAAAUUAAAAGACAUUCUUCAGUCACUCUUCAGAGUGAAAAGAAAAGAAAUCAAGUCUAGUCAUGACACAAAGUCUCAAACAAGAGCCCAGAGCAAAAUGAUGUGUGACCACAUACAAGCUUUUAAGACUACACUUGGAAGACAGUCAAUAAGUUUGGAUGAUCUGUUGAAAGCAGAAAGGGCCAUCAUUGUGUUCUGCCAAAGACAGAGAUAUUCAGAUGAAAUGGCAAAGUUAGAGAAAACAUCCUCUACUGGAAAGGCCUUCAACAGACAAAGUAGCAUCUACAAGCUUGAUCCAGUGCUAGAGGAUGGAGUUUUACGAGUAGGAGGGAGAUUGAACAAGUCAGCAAUGCCUGAUGAGGCCAAGCGACCAAUGAUUCUGCCAAAGGAUCAUCACAUUUCCACUCUUGUGCUUCGUCAUAUACAUGAACACCUUGGGCACGGCGGCAGAAAUCACAUCCUCUCACAACUCCGGCAAAAGUACUGGAUUGUUAAUGCCAACUCCGCUACUCGUAGGGUAAUAUCCAGAUGUGUUGUGUGCAGACGCAUAAGAGGCAAGAUGGGGGAGCAAAAGAUGGCAGAUCUUCCCAAGGAGAGACUAAGAGCUGAUCUUCCACCAUUCAGCAAUGUUGGACUAGACUACUUUGAGCCUUUUGACGUAAAAAGAGGAAGAAGUCACGUGAAAAGAGGAUGAAAAAGACCUUGAGGCGCUGACUCCGAACCACAUUCUCCUUUUAAAGACUCAUCCUGCUUUCCCACCUGGAUUGUUCCAGAAAUCUGACUUGUACAUUAAACGACGUUGGA